UAGUGAUGAAAGACGCCUUAUUGCAGCCACCGUAGAGGGCGCAGUGUUUUAGAAUUAAACAUGGCUACUCGACUAAUUUCGCCGGCUCAGCAAGCUUGGAAAAAGGGUAUUAUUCCCUGGCUGAAGUAUGCAUGGGACACUGAGCCAGUUCUUGUUGUGUCUGCUGCACUUGGAGGUAUCCCACCAUUAGUUUACCUGGUGUGGCCAUUCAAGCACAUUACUGAGGACAGUAACAGACUAAUGCCAACCAAGUAUCCCAACCCAAUCCGAUUUGUUGAAGGGAAGACGGGGCCACCAACAUCAAUAUGAGUCUUGCUUCUACUUUAAUCAUACCGUCUGAGUUCACGUUAUUUCAUAGAGUUGCUAAGCUGAAAUGUUAUCAAGCAUACACAUAGGUUUCCAGUUGAAAAUACAGUGUAAUAUACUGUGCUUGCAACUGGUUCCCUACUGAUAUUUGCUGAGCAAGUUUCUCAAGCAAUCUUUUCUGCUUAGCGGCUAUAUGGAACUGGGGCUUGUCUUGUAUCAAUUUCAAAGAGCUGUUAAAGCCAACAGUUUACUGAGUACAUAGACAUUUUAAUUAUCAGAGUGGCCUUGUGUAAACAGGUAUAUUAUAAUGUGUGAAUUAAUACUUUUACAACUGGUUCCAGUCUUAUAAAUUCCUUAGCAACUUUGAAGGAAAAUUUGUGCUUAACAGCUCUGUAAAAAUGACCCCUAGUGUUUAGUAAAGAAACAUCACAGUCAAUGCCCAGAGAUGUCUGUAUCAUAGUAAACAUGCAAUGGAGAGAGACGACUAAGUUUAAGUCUCUUGUUUGGGGUUGAAAUUGUCAAUAGAGUUUGAAGAAGAGUUUUGUUUUAAUAUUUGAAGGAAUUUAAAAGUUUCCAGUGAAAUUAGUUUUAGUCCUUUAGGUUGGGAGGGACCUGAAUGCCAAGAAGUGUUUUUUAAACACAAGUUUAUCGGCUGUUAUAAUUACUUCUGAAUCUUAUAGAUGGGAGUUACUUAUAACCAUUGACUCUGAAAGAAUAAACUCAACUAGCUAAAUGUUUAAGGACCUCCCAAUUAGGGAUCACGCCCCAUGCCUUGAAUUUAAUCUUUGAGAGGGCACAGCUAUACUUCAUUUUGCAAAAAAACACAGCGAUAAAACCCAAAUUUUUUUUGCAGAUCAACACAUCUUCAUUUAGAGCAAGAUCAUUUGAGGUUCAAGUUAUUUCAAUCAAUAACUUCACUUGAUGAAGCUUUGUUUAUUGAAGGUUUGGCCAAUGGUUCUGUGUGAUUUUAUAAGUUAGAGCCAAUGGCUGACUUUAUAGAAUCAAAUAGUUUCAGAUUUAUGAGAAAACACAACAUAUUUGUAUUGAUUGUUUAAUUUCAUUCUUGUGUUUGAAGUUGGCUUUUACUAAAUUAUUAAUUAACUAAUUAACUGGUUGUUUGAUUCAAAGUUAUGAAAGUUGUGCUAUUUAAGUUAUACCGAUUGUUCGUAUGGUUCAGAUUGCAAGCUAUGAAACUGGCAUGGAAAUCAUUUGGAAGUCGUUUUGAGUCAAAUCUAAAGACUACCUGUAAAAGGAACAUUCGGCCCAAAAGAUUAUCCAAAUCCACCCUCCCCUUUUACUGUAGACUUGGUUCAAGUCGGGUUUCGUGAUAUCCCGAGUCAACAGUACAGGGAGCUAGCUCCGAGGAGUUUUUUCUUUUCAUAGAAAUAGUUGUCUUUUUAACGUGCGCCUUCCAGUGUCAAGUUAUUGCCAACCCAGAGAGUUCGAUUGCUUUCACCCACAUUCAUUUCUUAUUCUUAUUCUUAUUCUUUAUUUGGCCAAUAAACAAUUACAAAUACAA